CGGCUUGUACAAUCGGAUAGUCCUCGGACUAAAUCCAUCAGUACGGAUCCAUCCCUCAUUGCGAUACGACCUGGAGAGUGUUAAAUAUUAUUUCGAAAACGAUCUGCAGAGAACAACUGAUAAGGAAUGCUCGUUAACAAGUGGCAGUCUGUUCAUCCUCUAGCACGCUGUUUCCUUCUCAGCGGCCAGAGGACCCAUUGGAAAAGAUGUUUGACUGGAUCAGCAUUGAGAGAACCAAAAGAACCGGUAGUUACGACAGAAAUACCUGGACCACGUUCGCGAAGUUUGCUUCAGGAAUUAAAUUCGAUGCAGCAAGCGUCCUCGGUCCAAUUUUUUGCGGAUUAUGAUAAAUCUUCUGGCAAUUUCAUAACGGACGUAGAUGGGAACACAUUGUUGGACGUUUACAUGCAAAUUUCGUCGAUACCUUUAGGCUACAAUCAUCCAGCUAUGUUGAAUGCUCUCACUGAUCCGAUAAAUCAAAAAGUUAUAGUCAACAGGCCUGCGUUAGGUGUAUUCCCAGGAAAAGAAUGGCCUAGCAGAUUGAAAAAAAUUUUUCUUAGGAAAGAGAUCGCUCCCCCAGGAUUAACACAAAUUACGACAAUGAUGUGUGGUUCCUGUUCAAACGAGAAUGCUUUCAAAAAUAUUUUCAUGUGGUAUGCAGAAAAAGAACGCAAAGGAGCAUCUUUUACCAAAGAAGAAAUGGAAACUUGUAUGAUGAACUUAUCACCUGGUUCUCCUAAAUAUUCAAUCAUGUCUUUCAAAGGUGCAUUCCAUGGUAGAACUUUGGGCUCGUUAUCAACGACGCAUAGUAAAUAUAUACACAAGAUGGAUAUACCAGCAUUUGAUUGGCCAAUAGCUUCGUUUCCCGAGUACAAAUAUCCUCUGGAAGAAAAUAUUCGUGAAAAUAAAGAAGAGGACAAACGUUGUUUGGCCGAGGUCGAAGAAUUAAUCGAAAAAUACAAGACUGAAAAGAAAAUACCGGUAGCCGGUGUCAUAAUCGAACCAAUUCAAUCGGAAGGUGGUGACAACCAUGCGUCUCCUGAAUUCUUUCAAGAACUUCGUCGUAUUACAUCUAAACAUGAAAUAGCUUUGCUCAUUGACGAAGUGCAAACCGGUGGUGGACCAACCGGGAAAAUGUGGUGUCACGAACACUUCAAUUUAAAUACGCCACCAGAUUUAGUGACCUUCAGUAAGAAAAUGCAAUUGGGUGGCUAUUUUCAUCGGGAAGAUUUAAAACCAAAACAGUCCUAUCGUGUGUUCAACACGUGGAUGGGUGACCCAAGUAAAUUGAUAUUACUUGAAGUAGUAUUAGACACCAUAAUAAAAGAUAAUCUUUUGAAACAAGUCAACCGAGUAGGAAAUUACUUGUUGAAGGAAUUGAAUACUCUACAAAAUGAAAAUUCUACGAUAAUCAAUUCCGUUCGUGGUCGUGGAACAUUUAUAGCUUUUGAUUGUAAAACGUCUGAUAGUCGUGAUGCUCUUAUCAAAAGAUUAUUAGCUAAAGGUAUACAAACAGGUGGAUGUGGUGCCAAAGCUGUAAGAUUAAGACCAGCAUUAACAUUCACGGAAUAUCAUGCUGAUAUAUUUUUGGACGGUUUACGUUCAGUUUUAAAAGCUUAAAAGAAUCUUAUGCGAAUUUAUUAUUCAAUUCGCGUUUAAUCUCACGUCUUCCAUAGAUUAUAGUUAAAUUUUUAAAUAAUUUGUUAAAAAAAACUUCUACAAAGUUUAUCGUUGGAUAAUCGACAUAUUUUUCUAUGGCAGUUUUAUUAUCGUAUUUAAUUAUUAUCGAUAUUAAUAAUAAUAACAUCAGGAAUUUAUUUAAUCGGAUAUAAUCAGUAUUGGUCAAAAGUUUAUUACAAUUAAUUUUUAAUCCACUUAACAUUUUAACGUUUUAAUUUCUCAUUGACUUGACGCAUUUGAAUCUUAUUAUUCAUAUUUUUCUUAUAAUUAUUCUUUUUUUAUUAUUCGCAUUUAUAUAUGCAAUGUAUUCUUAUUACGUUUCUAUAUUUGUUUUAUUAUUUCGCAUAGAACUGAUAGAAAAUUGUAUUUUUUAUCAAACGUUCAAGUUCAAACAACACAUUUUAAUAACAAUUUUUAAUAUACGAUAGUACAAAACAUUUGUUCCUGUAAUUUUAACUUUAUAUAUAUAUAUCGUAAUAUUAUUUGGCUGUAUCGUUUAAAGUUAAUUUAUAUUAAAUAGUUAAUAAUACAUUCUUAACUUACUUAUAUAGUUUGAAUAAUUAUUCGAUUUAAAUUAUGAAUUUUUUCUAAUUUCAAUACGUAAAAAAUUUUCAAAAAAAUCUAUCGUGCAACAGCAACAUGUCUUCCAAAUGACUGCCAAUAAAUUCUGUUAAGCAUAUAAAAAA